GCAGGGGAGGGAGAUAAGAUGGAUGGGGGAAGAAGAGUUCGGGGGAGAUCUGUUCUUCUGAAGCACACGUGUGGGAACACUCGGCAGCCCGUAAGGAAGUGUCUGCAUAGAAGGUUUUCUUCCUGUCGCUAGAGGACCACGCUCCUGUGGGAGAAAUGAGCCACGUGCCCAGACAUUGGGUAACAGGGAACACGUGGUCAGUGCUCUUUCAAGUACUGAAUUCACCUUUGGGGGCUUUGUUUCCAGCACUGUAAAAGGGGACUUUUAUUUCCUACCCCAGUGAUCCUUGUGAGGAUGGAAAUAAUGUAUGUCAGGUCCAUAUAGUGCCUGCGCUAACUCACAGAAACGGGAACCGGCAGUGGGGCCGAAGAUGCACCCUGGCUGCUGCCCAUAACCUCUCUUCUUCCUUAGGUCGCCGCCCGGGCUCCUCCCCGGCCACAGCCUUUGCCCCCAUCUCUCUGGGGGUGCGGCUCCCACCACAAGCUUCCCUCAGGUCUCUCAUCCUUCUGCUUGACCAAGUCAGACCCACCCGGGAUCCCCUGGCCCAGAGGAGGUCUGGGAAGGCAGUAAUGUGGAUCUCCGAGCUACUUUUUAUAUUUCAGACGUCCCACUGGCCUAACUAAAAUAGUCUUUUUUUUUUUGCUCUUGGUGGGAAUUCUAUUAGUUUAAUAUAUUAAUACAAGUUACCUCAUUAAAAAAAUGAGGUGUGUGUAAUAAAUGUAGUUAGUUUGAUAAGACAUAUUUAAAAAAUUUGGCUCACAGGAAGCAUAGAGGAAAGAUGGGUCUUUGGUGAGGAAACUGGAAAACCACUGGCCUCAGUCAGCUCUGCUCUAGCACAACGAUUAGGCUCAGUAGUGCUGUCACCGUCUGCAGAGCUGGACUCUAGAGCCAGCCAGCCCCGGGCCUGGAGCCUGGCGUCCCCACUGCCCCUCAGUGUGACAAUGGACACUUCAGCUCACUCCUCUGAGCCUCUGUCUCCUCAUCUGUGAAAAAGGAACGGAGGGGCUGACAUCACACAAAAGUUAUGAGGAUUAAGGAGACCGCACAGAUGUGCCCCGUGCUGAGCACACAGCAGUCACUCAAUAAAUGAUGGCAAGUGUCACUGUUGUCAUCAUUGGCUCUGUCAUCCCAUGCUUUCCGUUAACAAGGUUGGUCUGUUUCGUUCAUAGUUCUCUCUCUUGAUCUCUUGAAGCCCUCCCCAUAGUUUUUCUGGACUCUUUCAUUCUUGUCAGCACCACCACCUCCCUCCCCCUAUCCAGUCACCCGAUUGGCCUCUGUUUCUUUAGCAGCAACUCCAUACGCAGCCAUCCUUGUGAUUACACAGGCCCUCCUCAUCUCAUGCCUGGACUGGAGCAGGGGCCUUUUGCCCGGUAGAAGGAGCUCUGGAGGCCAAAAUAUGGGUACAAGCCCCGCCUCUCUUACUGUAGAGACCACUCCCUGGUACCCAGGUACUCGGAAGGCUGAAGUCCUGAGUGGGCAUUCUGCCUCCACUGCUUAUCAGCUGUGUGACCUUGGGCAAGUUGUUUGGUCUCUCUGAGCCUCGGUUUCCUCAGUUCAAAAGUGGGGCUGAUGACCAUCUUAUAAGAGCUGUUGUGAGGACUAAAUGAAACCAGGUACACAAAGCACAGUAAUUGCUGAUAUAAUAAUAACUAAUACUUACAGGCACUAUGCUAAGGCUUUACAUGGAUUACCUUAUUAGUCCUCAGAAUAACCCUAUGAAGUAGAUCCUACAGAAAGGAAAACGGAGGCACAGAGCAGUUACGUGACUUGCCCAAAAUCUCACACCUGUUAGUUGAUAGCAGAUUUAGGAUUCAGACCUCAGCAGUCUGGGCAAAGUGGGUCUCAGUAAAGGUCAUAUCUCUUCUACUUCUUCCUACCCUUGCUUUUAAGCCUAGAUGAAUCUCUACCACGUGAUUAUGCGUCAUUCUGGAGGGCCUGGCCUUCCCUGGCUUGGCGCCCCGGGCACCGUGGGUGCUCGGUCCACCUUUGAUGAGAAGGAGAUACGCAGUGACUGUCGCUGGGUCUGGAGAGGAAAAAAUCUAAGGCCCGGGGAAGUGUAGAGAGUGUAGCGUAGAAGUCCUGGAACAUGUUGGCUUCCAUUGCUAAAGGCUGUGGGCAACCUGCUUGUCGCUCUUAGAAGGCUGGCUGACUCUUUGCAGCUCCCCAAGAGGUCUCCAGGGUGUCUUUCUAAAGCCCAUUCUUUCUGUCUGGAGGGCUUGCCCUUUCUGUCUGUCUUCCAGAGUCUAAUCCCAGAGGAAGUACUUCCUUUUCUCCCUCCCUCCCUCCCACUUGCUUGAGCGCAGUGCAGACAGCCCCAGUGUGGGCUGCCACCUGGCCCCAAGUCUUGCUUUUCGAUUCCUAGAACCCUGGACACAGGCACCCAUUGCCUGAAAGUCCUGUUUGUUUCCCCUGUUGGCCAACCCUCACUCUUUGAUCACUUUUACAACUUUGUAAUUAUGGGCUGUAAUGGGCUGGGGUGUUUGAACGUCAGGGUAAUUACUUUCCACUGUUUCUACCCCAAUCCUUCAAAGCGAGAGGGGUGGGGAAGUAAGAAAAUCUCCAGAGAAGGAAGUCUGUGCCUGUCCCUCCUGCCCUUUCAGGCCCGGCUGGGUCCAGGGUCUCAGUCUGGGGAUGAGAAACAAGGGGCCCUGGUAGCACUGAGGAUCUAGGAGUCUCAGUUCUGUGACUCCUGGGGUGACCUCCCUACCCGUUGCCAAGUCCCGGACCGUGGGAUUAGCAGUAGGAGGCCUUCUUCUCUCCCCAUGGGGCUGCUCCCGUACCCUGGUUUGGAGGGCACUGAAGACUGGAGAGCUGCUUUUGCCUGGGGUCCCCGAGGCAGGGUAGACUUCCUGGGAGAAGGGGGGCUGAAGGAGGAUGAAGGCUGUGACCCCUCGGUUUCUUCAGCUGUUCCAGCCUGGAGUCCUGUGAAUUUCCGGUCAAUUAGCCUGUGGGGUGGGCCGGGCCGGGCCUGGGUGCUGGUCGAGGGAAGGAGGGAGGGAGGGAGGCAGUUACCCUCCUGACCAAAGCAGGCCCCACUUGCCUGUAGGCUGCCUGUUCUGAGGGGCCCCCCAGCCCCUGCUGCCGCCUGGGGAGUGGGGAUCAGGGAGCGGAGAAGGAGCCGCUCCCCUGGCCUGCUGGCGGGAGGCCUGUCCCGACAGGAUCCCGGGAAGGGAAGCGAGAUCACGGCGCUCCCGAGUGUGAGUAAGCCCGGCGGCUCCUCCUCCAGCCUCCACGACUUGCAGAAGGAUUAACUCCUUCAGUGCCUGCUGGAAGGCCUUAACGACUCAGCAGGCCCCCAGGGACUGAAGCCCCAGCCCGAAGCCAUUACAUGGCCCGGAUGGCAGGCGAGCGAGGAGCCAGCGCCGUUCUCUUUGACAUCACGGAGGAUCGGGCUGCUGCUGAGCAGCUGCAGCAGCCCCUGGGGCUGACAUGGCCAGUGGUACUGAUCUGGGGUAAUGAUGCCGAGAAGCUGAUGGAGUUUGUGUACAAGAACCGAAAGGCCCAUGUGAGGAUUGAGCUGAAGGAGCCGCCGACCUGGCCAGAUUAUGAUGUGUGGAUCCUCCUGACGGUGGUCGGUACCAUCUUCGUGGUCAUCCUGGCCUCCGUGCUGCGCAUCCGGUGCCGCCCCCGCCACAGCAGGCCGGAUCCCCUUCAGCAGCGAACAGCCUGGGCCAUCAGCCAGCUGGCCACCAGGAGGUACCGGGCUGGCUGCAGGAGGGCCCGGGCUGAGUGGCCAGACUCGGGUAGCAGCUGUAGCUCAGCUCCUGUGUGUGCCAUCUGCCUGGAGGAGUUCUCUGAGGGCCAGGAGCUACGGGUCAUUUCCUGCCUCCAUGAGUUCCAUCGUGCGUGUGUGGACCCCUGGCUGCAUCAGCAUCGCACUUGCCCCCUCUGCAUGUUCAACAUCGUAGAGGGAGAUUUGCUUUCUCAUUCCCUGGGACCCUCUCGAUCUUACCAGGAACCAGGCCGGAGACUCCACCUCAUUCGCCAGCAUCCUGGCCACGCCCACUACCACCUCCCUGCUGCCUACUUGCUGGGCCCUUCCCGGAGCGCAGCGGCUCGGCCCACACGACCUGGUCCCUUCCUGCCAUCCCAGGAGCCAGGCACGGGCCCUCGGCACCACCGCCUCCCCAGAGCUGCACAUCCCCGGGCUCCAGGCGAGCCACAGCGCCUGGCAGUGGCCCAGCACCCGUACGCGCAGGGCUGGGGGCUGAGCCGCCCCCGAUGCACUUCGCUGCACCCCACUGCUUGCCCCGCACCUCCACGCCGGGCCAGGCCUCACGACAGCAGCGGGUCUGGAGAAAGCUACUGCACAGAGCGCAGCGGCUACCUGGCAGAUGGGCCGGCCAGUGACUCCAGUUCGGGACCCUGUCAUGGUUCUUCGAGUGACUCGGUGGUCAACUGCACGGACAUCAGCCUGCAGGGCAUCCAUGGCAGCAGUUCCACCUUCCGCAGCUCCCUGAGCAGUGACUUUGACCCCCUCGUUUACUGCAGCCCUGAGGGGGGCGCCCAGGGGGAGGAGACCCAGCCUAGUGUGACCUCUCGGCCCCGUUCUUUGGACUCUGUGGUGCCCACCGAGGAAACCCAGGUGUCCAGCCAUGUCCACUACCACCGCCACCGGCACCACCACUACAAAAAGCGCUUCCGGUGGCAUGGCAGAAAGCCUGGCCCAGAAACUGGAGUACCCCAGUCCAGGCCGGCCAUUUUUCGGACACAGCUCCAGCCAGAGCCACUUUCACCUGAUCAGCAAGCUGCCAGAUCCAACCCAGCAGCCCCUUCCGGGCAGCUCCCCAACCCACAGCGGCCCAGGGCCCUCACCGAGCCAGCUCCCGGACCAGCUGACGCCUCCACCCCCAGCCCCAGUUCCAGCAGCCUCUUCCUCUUGCAGAAAUCCAGCCUCCCUGUCCGACACCCACAGAGGAAACGGCGGGGGGGUCCCUCAGAGCCCACCCUGGCCUCUAGACCCCAGAACGUGACUGCACACCCAGCUUGCCAGACUCCUCCUCAUUAUGGCUCCAGCCUGGCAUACCCUUGGUCCCCAGAGGCCCACCCAUUGAUCUUCGGACCUCCGGGCCUGGACAAGAGGCUGCUACCAGAACCUCCAGGCCCCAAUUACCCAAGUUCACAGCCAGUGUGGUUGUGCCUGACUCCACGCCGGCCCCUGGGACCUCACGCAUCUGGGGAGGGGCCUUCCGAAUGGAGUUCUGACACCCCAGAGGGCAGGCCGUGCCCUUACCCACACUGCCAGGUGCUGCCAGCCCAGCCUGGCUCAGAAGAGGAGCUUGAGGAGCUGUGUGAACAGGCCGUGUGAGAUGUUCAGGCCUAGCUCCAACCAAGAACGUGCUCCGGAGGACUCGGGGCCCCACCUGGCACAGGGUCCUACUCCUGAGAGAAGAAAGGACCUCCGAAAACACCCUCUUUUUUGCCAUACAUCCUGGAACCAGUGGAAGAGGAGUGGUGAUGGUGGGUGGCAGGAGGUGUUGUUGCCCACUCCCAGCUCCAGACCUUGUCUGCAAACCAUCUGUGGGGCAGCAAGUCUGUGUCCAGCAGGCAAACAGCUCCCAUGUGGGCUGGCUCCCUUGCAGGCUGGUUUUGUUUUUGUUUUUGUUUUUGUUUUUGAGAGCAGGAAGCUAGGUAUGGGUAGACAGGUGUUAUAAAGGUGGUGCUCCUUCCUCCAGCCCCAGCAGGUCUCCCUCAUCCCAAGCCUCAUGUUCAUACCAACAAAUGGGUCCAGCUGAAUGCAUGACCCCUUCUCACCUCCUUCCUUGGGAGAGUUGUGCACACCAGCUUUGGCUCCUCCUUGGUAAGGGUACUGCAUCAGUGGCAUCCCUGGUUCUUAUCAUUUUCCUUCUUUGCAAAAAAAGAGAAAAAAACCCAGAAGCAUAGGUGAGCCCUGAGUCCUAAAAAGAGGGGCUUUGCAGAUUCUCCAGGCAGGGCCUGCCCUGGUGCAUAAAGGAGGAUGUUUUUCCCUUCUUGCCAUUACUUGUCAGAUCCACUAUAUUAAGUCACAGGGAAGGCUCUGGGAAGCCAGGGUGUGGAGUUCUGUCCCUCAGCUGGUACAGCAUCUUGAAGAGCCUGGGGUGAAGCCUCUGAUCUUUAAACUCCCUUGUCACACCAGCAGCACCAGUCCCUCUGGGGGAGAAGGAUAGGGGUAGUGGGAAGGGAAUAACUCUUCCUUGGAGCUCUAUCUCAAAGUUCCAAAGUAGGCAGAAAGGAGAGGAUUUCUGCUGAACCUUAUUUAGGAAGAGGGAGGAAGGAAUGAAGGUAGAAAAGGCAGAAUGACAGCUGAACAAAGAAUUUUCUCUGGGCGUCUUCUCUCAGUGCAGGGCUGGGGAAGAGGGGAGAACAAAGGAGAAGUAAUAUGCGGCCCUUGGGAUUGGUUGGCCCAGAGACCCAGCUUCCCAGUAUAAGCCAUUCAGGCCAGGGACACACAGGAAGGAGUGGAGUUGGAGCAGGAAGGCUGGCCUGGGCAGUUGGUACUGAGUGGGCAAGGGCUGAGGGGCCUCCUUAGGGUGACAUUCACCCCAGGGCAACUGGACCAUUGCUGGCCCCUCAGGCAUUAUCCCAUUUGGAAUGUGAAUGUGGGAGCAAAGUGGGCACAAGACCCCACCUGGGAAUCUUCUUCCCUCAAAAGUCAGUGGGGGACUGGCACCUAGGCACCCACAUGGGUAUUUAUAUCUGAACAGACAAGACGCUUGAAUCAGGCACUAUGUUGAGAAAUGUAUUUAUUUGCUAAUAUAUUUAUCUAUAAAUAUGGUCUGGUCUCGUGGUUUUGUUCUGUCAUAACUGUCUCUCAGAGUAACAACUUUACCUCCUACAUCAGCAGAAAUAUGUUAUUUCUGAUACCAGAGGCCAGGCUCUGAUUUACGAAAGGACGGAGUAGAGUGGUAGGUUUGGCAACAAGAAGUGGCUUGUAAGUCCCUAAAAGCAUGGUUUAGUGAGAUCAGGGACAGGAAGCAUGACUGGCUUCUCACUGUGGUUCAGUUCGUUAGCUGUGCUAUUACUGUACUGCUUCCUUCACAUUCUAAUUUGUGAUGCUUCAGUGACUUUCUUUGUGACCUUGGCCAGAUACUCUGUGCCUCACUUUUUCCACCCGUGAAAUGGAUCGGUUGUCGGAGAGCUCCCAUAAGGCAACAGCCUGUUCCAAAGUAGAAAGUAUGCAGUGACAGAGAACAUCUAAGCCCAGUUACAGAGCCCAGCUGAACACGGCAUGGGACCGGCACAAGCAGCACACCGGCCUUGAAGAAGCUCAGUUUCUAUGUAGGAGGCCUGGUUGGGAAGAUAGAACAGCAGGGCAUGAAACUAUUUAUAUCCCAAAGCUCCAAGUCAGAUAAACACAAAUGACUGCCCUCUGCCUACACAUGGGACUGCUGUGAGGAUCAAAAGAGCCGGCGCUGUGUCGGUAUGAAUUCCACAGGGCUGCUCUAUUCCUCACAAAGCGCAUUUCCCCCUUCUGCCUCUCCGGGAAAGGGUUCGGUAGAGGUGGUGGUUGUCGAGCGCCCAGUCUGAACCAGAGAGCAAGGCAUUUAGCUUUCCAAAGGGUGAAAUGAAAAAAGAAAAAAAGGACACAAACUCCCACAGAAGAGCUGAGGGAAAGGAACUAUACCUAAAUGCUAAAAGCUGCACAAAGCAUAAAUUAACAGCUGGAACGAGGAAACGUACGUAAAGAGUUUUCAAAAAUAAUUAAAUACGCAUUUUCCCGGCCGUCCGCUCCCAGGCCAGCAUUCCUGUGGACGCAGAUGGAAACCCAAUCGGGCGCUCGCUGUCAGGAAGGAGAGCGGCGGUCCCCGGAUUUCUCUCCGUCUCUGCAGAGAUAAUCCGGAGGUAGACAGUGGACUCUCUAACCCUGCGCUUUUAAGACAAGAAGAC